AUGCCAGCAUAUCUGCUCCCCACUUCAGAGGGUGCCGAUUGGACAACGGAGCAUCCGCCAAGCUAUGAUGCUCCAAAUCCACGGCAAAUUUUGAGAAUUGCUCUGAAUUUGAAAUUCUUGAUCGAUGAAAUAGUGCCAAUUAUUUACACGGAGGAACAAAUCACCUGCGAUCAUUCUAGGAUUCUGAAUUCUCGCGUUUUAAAGCUUGCCCGUCAAGCAUGUGGAGGAGAAAGCGACCGCAAGUCCUCACGGAAAUAUCAAUCGGUGAUGAUAUUUUGUUUACUCAAGGUUUGCUCAUGGUAUUGGGAUCUUGCUGCGUGCGAACUACAUAACGCAGAAAUUUAUCUUUUAAGGGCAACAACAGCUCAACAGCUGUGUAAGCUAAUCAUCGAAGAAGAAGAGCAGAUUGACUUGCACUAUACCCUCAUACAAAUGUUGUGCCGCAGAUACGUGAUUAACGAGAAUGAUUUGGACUGUGAUGCCGAAAGUGCGCUAGAGCUUGCAAUGGACAUGCACUGCACGAUUGUAAUUGGGUCUAGUGGAUACCAACGUUGCCUGAAGUGGCUAUGGCGGGGAUGGAUUGUGCAGAAUCGAUUUGAUCCCAGCACUUACGUCCUGUGCGAGAAGAUCCCAUCUUAUCAAUUUACCACGCACUUUCAUCCCGACAGAUUGAAGACCCCAAUGUAUCAAAACAUCCUGGAAGUGUUUUUCUCAGUUGUUUUUUUAAUACUCUACACGAUUGUUGUGAAUAGUAAGGAUUCUGAAGCAGUGACGGGUAUUGACGUUUGUGAGGGCAUUUUCUAUUUUUUCACUAUUGGAAGUGUCCUCGACGAAGUUUACAAGGUUUACCAUGUGGGUUGGAAUUAUGUGGGCUUUUGGAAUGCGUUCAACGAUGUGAUGUACUCUAUCAUAAUUACUUCCAUGGGUUUGAGAAUUGUCAGCGUAAGCCCCAUUCAUACCAAAUAUCCAGCUGCAUAUUGGGAUAAGAUUUCAUAUAGAAUACUAUCGUGUGCUGCUCCUCUUGUGUGGUCCAGGCUAUUACUCUAUUUAGAAUCAAGCAGGUUUGUGGGUGCAUUAUUGGUUGUUUUGAAACACAUGAUGAAGGAGUCUAUUGUGUUCUUUUUUCUAUUACUCUUAAUGACAAUAGGUUUUCUUCAGGGGUUUUUGGGUUUAGAUUCUGCCGAUGGGAAACGCGAAAUCACUUGGCCAAUUAUGUCAAAUUUAGUGCUCACUGUUCUUGGCGAGGGUGGGUUUGAUAUGUUUGAAAAUUUCGCUCCACCAUACGCGGCGAUUCUCUAUUACGCUUACUGCUUCAUUGUUACUGUGAUAUUGUUGAACAUUUUGAUCGCUUUAUACAGUACUGCUUACCAAAAAGUCAUUGAUAACGCUUUAGAUGAGUAUAUGGCUCUCAUGGCUCAAAAGACUUUAAGAUAUAUCAGAGCUCCAGAUGAAGAUGUCUAUGUCCCACCAUUCAAUAUCAUUGAACUAAUAAUUACACCUUUCAUGCACUUAAUGCCCCGGAAAAGCGCAAAAGAAUUUAGUAAUAGCGUGAUGAUGGUGAUUUACUUUCCCAUGUUGGUUUUUAUUGCCAUGAAAGAGGUACGUGAAGCCAGAAGGGUUGCAUACAAUAGAAUGAAGAAGUUGGAUGACGAUGCGAAUGAGACUGAUGUCGCUUGGGAUUUGACGGAUGGGUAUGUUGAAGAAGAUGACGAGUGGAUCCCCAACGGCAAUGGCUCGGGUAUAGCUGCUACGCAAAGGAAGAACAGGAGAUCUUUACAAUUGCAGCGGGAAGCUGAGAAUGUUGAUCCAUCAUUCAAGGUCAAGAGAACUUGGUAUAAAGAAGUCAAAAGCGCUGUCCAGCCAGUCGAAAAAGGUUUUGAAUCUGGAAUUGGUUGGGAAAACUAUGAUAUAUAUCGUGAGCUGUCCGAAAAGCAUGCAUCCACUGAGAAAAAAGUUGAAGAUUUAACAAACAUGGUAAAGGAACUCACGAAUUUAGUGAAAGAGCUUAAAAUAGAGCAAACUAGCAAAUAG